AUGCCAUCAGCAUCCUCGGAUCGUCUGAUGAAUGAAUCGAUUCAUGUUUCAUCCAUCAUGACAACCACGACAGAUACUGAUUUCGAAACAUCAACGAAUGAAAUUAAAACAACACCAUCCAGUGAAAACAUUUCAUCGUCAUGCCCGUCUUUGAAUGAAUACAACUCAUCCAUGAACGAGACGAUCGAUCCUUCUCAUCAUCAUCAAUUCACGGAAACUCCAUCGAGUUCAUUAUUAGAAGAACAAGAUCCUAUCAUUCGAGAAAUUUCAAAAUAUCCACCUCAACAAUGGAAGUUUUGUUUUUUGAAUGCUUGUUCUCAGGGUGAUUUAAUUGCAUUUACAGAAUUGUUACAUUUUCUCGACACGAUGCGAGAACGAUGGACUCUAAAUAAUGGUCAAUUAUUACCAUCGUGUGAGAGUCAUGACGUCGUUCCAUCGCGCUUUAUUUUGAAUUCUAGUUUUUAUCAUGUAAAUGUGUUGGAUGACAGAAGAGUGUCAGCUCUUCACAAGGCAUCAGCCGCAGGUCAUAUUGGAAUUGUCAGAGAGUUAUUGACUCGAAGUGACAUUCAUUUGUCAGCGGUAGAUGCAACUCUCGCAACUCCAAUGCAUUUCGCAGCAGCUGCCGGACAUGUUCUCAUUGUGAAACUUUUAUUUCAACGUUCUAAGGAAAUGGCAGAUGCAAGAGAUCAAUAUGGAAAUACACCUCUUCUGUUGGCCAUGCAGAAUAGAAAACACGAGACGGUAAGAUUUUUGUUGAGUGUCUUACCGACCAAUUCGAUUCGAACGAAAAAAACAAAUUCGAGAACCUUGUUGCAUAUUGCGGCUUCAAAUUUUGAUUUGGAAGGAAUUAAAAUGUUAUUACUGGAUCGAGAGGAUUUGGUGAGACAACAAAAACGAAUAAGGAAAGGUGAUCUAGAAGAUGAAAACGAUGAACCAGAAGAAAUGGAUAUUGUCCAUGAUUUAAUCUAUCGAGAGACUAUUGAAGAUAUGUGUAAAAGUCCUUCUACUUGUGACACGCUCAUUCCAACCAUAAUCAUUGAAAAAGAUCUAAAAUGCCAAACUUGUGACACCUCUUCCAUCAUUCAAAAAUUGAGUUCACACGGUAAAGUCCUCAUUCAAGCAAAAGAAGAAAAUGGUUGUACUCCUCUCAUGUUGGCCAUUAAGGAAUACAAGACUAGUCAUCCACAUUCUUCAAAGAACAGUUAUGAAAAGAUUGCAUGUCUUAAUUUUUUACUCCAUGCUGAAAGUGUCAUGAUUCAGAGCUCUCAAGAACAUUCAAUUUCAAAUCAAGCACCUUCGAAUACCACGACGACGACGAUGAUGAGUAUGAAAAAUCAUUCCUUGACCGCAUUCGUGGAUCAAUCAAAGAGAACUAGUCUGCAUUUAGCUGCUCAAUUUGAUUGUGUGGAUUUUUUCAGAAUUGUGGCGUUGACCUUCGAUCGUGACACUUUUACAGAGCAAUUGCUAAUGACACGUGACGCAAAUUUUCAAACUCCAAUGCAUUUAGCUUGUAAACAUGGAUCUUAUGGAGUGAUGGAAAUUAUCUUAUCCAUGUGUGCACCGCCUGUCAUGUCCUCAAGAAAUUUAUCGAAAAGACAACAAUCACCCUGUGGAGAUUUUCACACAACGACAGCCAAUGCGACCUGUCAAGAAUUUAAUUCUUAUUCGAGUCCUCCUUCUCCUCAACGAACAUUAUCUCCACCUUCGAGUCCAUCGUUUUUAAUUUCACCCAUGCCUUCGACUUCGUUGGUACUCUCGAAUGGUCAUUUGAAAAAUCAACAAGUUUCAACGUUUGACCAUCCAGCAUUGAUGGUACGAGACAACAAAUUCAAAACACCACUCUAUUAUGCAGCUACUAAUUUGGCAAGGGAUAAGGAAGUGUUGGUGAACAUGAUUUGUGAAAUGUUGAAAAGUGGUUUGAUUUCACCUCAAUCUGAGCUCAGCCAAGAGCACUCUUCCAAUGGCGUGACUACCUCCUCAACAAUGACAACAACAGCAGCUAAACAUUCCUCGUCGUCGAGUGGUGCCUCAACAGCAUACGAUGUCUUGCUGAAUCAAACCGAUUUUUUUGACAUGCAUCCUCAAUUCAAAGAUUGGUUUUUAACCAAACAACACUCUCCGCUUUCUUCUUCUCCCUCGAAAUACAGACAACGAUUUAAUUCAGACGAUCAAGCUUCAGCAACCACUAGGCUUGUACGAUCUGGAUCCGGCACCGUUUUCAAGAAAUUGAAUCUAUUUCAAAGCAGCUCCAUUGCUGAAGAUGUGGACCUUCGUCCCAUUAGCCCAAUGAAACGAAUGCAAAGUCAUAAAUAA